AUGCCUCGUGCUCCAAGAACUUACUCUAAGACUUACUCCGUCCCAAAGACCCCAUACGACUCCGCUCGUUUCGACCAAGAGCUGAAACUUGCCGGUGAGUACGGUCUUAAGAACAAGAAGGAAAUUUACAGAAUUGGAUUCCAACUGUCCAAGAUUAGAAGAGCUGCCAGAGACUUGUUGACCAGAGACGAGAAGGACCCAAAGAGAUUGUUCGAGGGUAAUGCUUUGAUCAGAAGACUGGUGAGAACCGGUAUCUUGUCCGAGGAGAAGAGAAAGCUGGAUUACGUUCUGGCUUUGAAGGUCGAGGACUUCCUUGAAAGAAGAUUGCAAACUCAGGUUUUCAAGUUGGGUUUGGCCAAGUCUAUCCACCAUGCCAGAGUUUUGAUUUCUCAAAGACACAUUGCUGUUGGUAAGCAAAUUGUUACCAUUCCAUCUUUCAUGGUCAGAUUGGAAUCUCAAAAGCACAUCGACUUUGCUUCUACUUCCCCAUACGGUGGAGGAAGAGCUGGUCGUGUUAAGAGAAAGAACCAAGCUAAGAGCUCCGAGGGUGGUGCCGAGGAGGAGGAAGAGGAUGAAGAGUAA